AGGGAAGGGGGUACAGGAUGAUUAGAGUGGGGUAAGAAAUCUUAAGUGAGGGGAAAAGGGCAGGUAAGGAAAAGGGAGAAUAUGCUGGGAAAAAAGUUUAAAUAAUAGAUUGCCUUAAAACAAUAAGAGAGAUGUGAGAAAGGAGGAAAUAGAAUUACAUGAUAAAUAUUGGAAUGUAAAAAUAGUGAGUUGGAAGAAAGGAAAGGGAUAUUCACUUGGGGUCCAGGAGAACUGAGUAGUUUAUUUAAGGGAGACAUAGGGGUUACAGGCAAGUACCAUAGUGAUAUCUUGUGACUCCCACAUCAUGGGCACCCAGGAAUACUAUCGGACAGACAGCACCGACUCCACUGUCACCAUGCUCAAACCAGAGAAAGAGAGUGUCGUGGAAAUAACAGAAAAGAAGACAAAGUAUCUCCUAAGAAGAGAGUGCAGCACACUGUGGAUGUCGGUGACAGUUGGAAUUGCCAUUCUCCUGGUGAUAGUUAGUGACAUUGCUUUGUUUAUGCAUUUCACCGCGGCCAUCUCUAAGGUGAGGGUUUACCCAUAUGGAGUGAGAUUGGAGGGCAAUGCAUGUACUUCGUGUCCGUCCGGUCCAGCUGUAACUAGAACCCACAGAAACUUGGGUGGUAUAUGUUUAACCCUGGCUGUGACUGGACUGGGAACUGCUGCUGUAAUAAGAUAUUUCUCAUGUGUAUGUUGUAUAAAAUAAUGAAAAAUAAUAAUAAUAAUGUCAAUGAAGUAGAGAUUCUUAAUGCAUAGUGCACCUGUUCUAAUUACUCUAAUGAGAUAAUAUGUAGCUUGUGUAAUAUAUAUAUAUAUAUAUAUAUAUAUAUACAUAUUGCAUGCAACUGCUGUUAUUUUAGUUUAUGUACUGUGUGGAUGGUAACAUCAUCCAUGCAAUUAUUCUCCGUAAAUAACAUGCAAUAAUGUAUGCAUCAUCUCCAAGACCCUAAUCUUGGUUAGAACCAGACAGUCCAAGAUUAGUGGGAGUUACACUCCAGAUACUGCAUACAAAACUCUACAUUACCCUAACACUACUCACUAACACACUAAACUGCACUGCAUACAAAACACCUCAUUACCCUAACACUACCCACUAACACACUAAACUGCACUGCAUACAAAACUCUACAUUACCCUAACACUACUCACUAACACACUAAACUGCACUGCAUACAAAACUCCUCAUUACCCUAACACUACCCACUAACACACUAAACUGCACUGCAUACACAACUCUACAUUACCCUAACACUAUUCACUAACACACUAAACUGCACUGCAUACAAUACUCUACAUUACCCUAACACUACUCACUAACACACUAAACUGCACUGCAUACAAAACUCUACAUUACCCUAACACUACUCACUAACACACUAAACUGCACUGCAUACAAAACUCUACAUUACCCUAACACUACUCACUAACACACUAAACUGCAUUGCAUACAAAACUCUACAUUACCCUAACACUACUCACUAACACACUAAACUACACUGCAUACAAAACUCUACAUUACCCUAACACUACUCACUAACACACUAAACUGCACUGCAUACAAAACUCUACAUUACCCUAACACUACUCACUAACACACUGAACUGCACUGCAUACAAAACUCUACAUUACCCUAACACUACUCACUAACACACUAAACUACACUGCAUACAAAACUCUACAUUACCCUAACACUGCACUAAUCACUAGACAUUAACCCCUAAAGUGCACUUACCCAAACCAUGAACCCCUGCACAAGUAUUCAUUGACACUAGCCCUAACCUAAUAUAUAGUGUAAUUAUGUAAAAGAGACAUAAUGGUAAAGCACGUUUUAGGGGAAAAUAAUGCCAUCUCGGGGCUCUGUAGACAUUUACAGACCCCCUUGACAUUUGUUCUCUUGGUUUAUAAAGAUAAUUCCAGAACCCCUAUAAGCAUCCUGAGAAUAUUUACAUGAAGUAACCAAACCUGUAUUUUGUUGAAUACCAACUUUUGCUAAAUUUAGAACAAAACAGCAAAUGACUAGUAGUAGGAAAUGUCCUCCAUCUCAACUUUUUUGCUUCAGUUUGUUUUCAACACAGCACAAUUACAAAUAUUAAGUGAAUAAAUCGCAUAGAAUCCCUGACAGUUCCAUGUAUGAACACACAGGAUGAUUUAUUGGGGUUAUUCACUAAAGCCAUACUUCCUAACUGUCUUGGGUUCCUGAAUUCAGGAUCUUCUCCUGUCAUUCCAGGUUUGCUCUCUGGUGUCUCCCCAUCUGGUGGAACCAAUAAGCAAAUCCCUACAAGGCACAUGUGCUGCCCUUAGAGGUGUUUGGUGAAACCACGCUGACAUGUAAAAAAAUGUCAGCCUUUUGACGCAACUAAUAACACAGUCACAACCCUGCCUUGCAUUGUUCUAGUUGCCUUGUUUCAUACCUCACAACAUUGGACUAAACCAGGAAAUGUGGUGAAUCAACAACAAAUUUUUUUUUUAUUUUAGGCCUAAAAUAGCCAAUUUGGAAAAAUUCUCUAAGUCAGCUAUUUCCCAGCUUGGCAAUUUUGGCCUCAAGUUACAAUUUCUUUUUCAUUUCAGUCUUAAUUCUCAGCGUAAUGAAUAAUUCCUUUAGACGCCUUUUAUCUACUCUUGCUUUGAAUUUCUUAUUAUACAAGGAAGUUACAGCACUUUGCAAGCUUGCUAUCAAGUUCAACCUUUGACCAGUUUUGUUUUUCCUUCAAGUCUUUCAUUUCAGAUGAGUUUAGAUAGAACUGAAAAUUUCCUUUGGAUGCAGUCCUAUGAAAGAUUUUGUUAGCCGUAUUAGAUUUUUACAUGAAAAAGAGGAACACAAAUAUUUAUCUGAGAAAUACUGUUGUAGAGAUUCCCUCCCAUUCUCAUCCUUGCUCUGCAGGUGCACUCAAUAGGACUACUAAAUUGGCAAUAAUUUAUAUUAAAGAGGCACACCAGGCUGGAAAUAUUCUUUCUUAAAGGGACACUAGAGUCACCAGAACCAAUACAGCUUAACCCCUUAAGGACAAAUGACAUGUGUGACAUGUCAUGAUUCCCUUUUAUUCCAGAAGUUUGGUCCUUAAAGGAACACUAUAGUCACCUAAAUUACUUUAGCUAAAUAAAGCAGUUUUAGUGUAUAGAUCAUUCCCCUGCAAUUUCACUGCUCAAUUCACUGUCAUUUAGGAGUUAAAUCACUUUGUUUCUGUUUAUGCAGCCCUAGCCACACCUCCCCUGGCUGUGAUUGACAGAGCCUGCAUGAAAAAAAAAACUGGUUUCACUUUCAAACAGAUGUAAUUUACCUUAAAUAAUUGUAUUUCAAUAUCUAAAUUGAACUUUAAUCACAUACAGGAGGCUCUUGCAGGGUAUAGCAAGCUAUUAACAUAGCAGGGGAUAAGAAAAUCUACAUUAAACAGAACUUGCAAUAAGGAAAGCCUAAAUAGGGCUCUCUUUACAGGAAGUGUUUAUGGAAGGCUGUGCAAGUCACAUGCAGGGAGGUGUGACUAGGGUUCAUAAACAAAGGGAUUUAACUCCUAAAUGGCAGAGGAUUGAGCAAUGAGGCUGCAGGGGCAUGUUCUAUACACCAAAACUGCUUCAUUAAGCUAAAGUUGUUCAGGUGAAUAUAGUGUCCCUUUAAGGGGUUAAAGGAAUACUAUAGUGUCAGUACUACAAACACGUAUUCCUGUCACUAUAGUGCUGGAAUGCAGCAUUAGGUCCCUGGUCCCCAUCUCUCUCGAAAUUAAAGUUAAUUUUACUCACCUUUUCUCCCAUGCUGUACUGAUUUCGCCACGGGUAGCCCUGCCUGGUAACACCUGCAUGGCUGAUAUCAUUAAUUUUGAUGAUCUCAGCCAAUCCAAUGCUUUUCCAUAAGAAAGCAUUGGGAGGCUAUGGCAAAUGGCUGUGCUCCGACAAUCAGCAUCGUCUCAUAGAGAUGCAUUAAAUCAGUGCAUCUGUAUUGGGAAUGUUCAAUGCCUCCAUGCAGAGCGUGGGGACACUGAAUGUAGGUGUUGCACACUGUCUGAAUGGUUGCCACUAGCGUUGUAACAAGCAAGCAAUGUAAACACUGAUUUUCUCUGAAAAGGCAGUGUUUACUGUGAUAAGCCUGCAGGGACAUCCUAUAGACACCAGGGAAUGAUUAUACUCACCAGAACAACUACUUUAAGCCAUAGUUGUUCUGGUGACUAUAGUGUCCCUUUAAAUCAAAUCGUAUAAACUGCAUAAAAGUUGUAUUGGUCCCAGUUUAUUGCACAUGAAUAAUUCAGCCAGCAUCAGAAUGUCAUGUAAUGUUGGAUAGCACCUUUCAUUGGCUGCCUGAUUGCAUAUAGAGUUUGUCUGGUAAUAAAUGCAUAAUUUGGCAACCCUUUAAUUAAUUGUACUUAAAUAUCCUGGUAUUUAAAGCAUGGGUAUGUCAAACAUCAGAAAUGCCAGUCUAAAAUAUAGGAUGUCACAUUGUCCUAGUGACCUACUGAUGGCUACAUUGUCCAUAGCAAGUUGCUGAGAAAUAUCUGAUCAUAAUUAAUUGUAUGAUUCAGGGGAAUACAUCUGGUUAAGGGUGUGGGAGAUUUGAGAAAAUGCAUACCAGGACAUGCAGAAAUUUAAAUCCAUUUGGAAUCAUUUCAAAUUAUGAUUCAGACAAAAUGCAGAAGGAAGCCAAUGGUAGACACGCACCCUCUCAAACAAAUUAAAUGGGUUUUAUACAUUAAAAGGGACACUGUAGGCACCUCUGCAUGGGGACACCUAGCGUCAGAUUUUUCCCCAUAGAAAAGCGUUGAUUUAAUACUUUCCUAUGGGGAGAUCUAAUGUGCGUGCAGCAUUUGCUAUGCAUGCUCAUUGCGGGAUGUCGGAGGGGGCGGCAUGUUGGCCCAGCACCGAGGGACACUGGGAUCGGGUAUGUAAAUAACGAGGGAGGCAGGGAGAGCAAUUGUUCCAGGACUACAGCUUUGUAUUUCUGGCACUAUAGUAUCCCUUUAAACAAUGAAUUAUGUGAAAUGAAAACCAAACUGCUAAAUUCUGGCUAAAUGUCAAGCUGUAACUAUAGCUGAGUUGGAGAUUUGACUGUCUCCUUUCUAUGUUCCUACAUUUCUUACUAUGUGCUUGUACUGUCAACAAAAUUACAGGAAUUUGAUGAUAACUGUAGACAGUUUUAAGAAAGAGGAAGGGAGCAUAUGGAGGGAAAAGACAGUUUAAAAAAGGAUGAUCAAUCAAGAAGAUUGUGGAUUUAAACAUCAAAUUGUAGCAAGUGAUAAUCAAAUUGUUACAUUUAUGAUAAAAUAUUUAGUACAUGGCAAGCAAUGCACAGUCCCUUUACCACUUAUAAUGUUAAAAUAACACUAUAGCAUUAGGAAUACAAAUCUAUAUUCCUUAUGAUAUAGCGUUCCCAUGCCUACUGGUAGGCAGGUCACCCAGGGGUGCAAAAUAAAGCUAAAAAAUAAAGAUUUACUCACCUUCUUCCAGUACCAAGGCUCCCUCAACGAUGCUCAGCUCUCCUCCCCAGCAACGUCAUGGUGCAGGCUGGGUCUCCUCUGUGAUAUCCAAUCGGGGACCUAAUGUGCAUGCGUGCAUUCACACUUUCCCAUAGGAAAGCAUUGAAUCACUUAUUUCCUAUUGGACUUCUGUAUCACGUGACAGACUUUUACUCUGUCAGUGCCAUAGAAGCGUGUCUAUUGGCUGUCAGUAUGACAGGUGCUAGAGCAGAAGUCAACCCUGCAAUGUUAAAUUGCAGUAUCUCAAAAACUGCAGUGUUUUACAUUGCAGGGUUAAGGGGACAGGGACACUAUAUCCAGCCCACUUUGUUGAGAUGAAGUGGUCUGGGUAACUAAAGUGUUUCUUUAACUGCCCCUAAGGUACAGGGCAUAACAGUUCCUAAAAAGUACGUAUUAUUCUAUGGAGUCUGCAAGGAAGUAGGGAUGUGCAUGGGCCAAAAAUUUGGUUCGGUUCGGACUUCCGAAAUUAGGGGGUUCGGCAAUUCCCUAACCCUACUCCUAACCCUAACCCCACCCCAACCCUAACCCCGCCCCUAGCCCAGCCCUACCCUAACCUAAUAACCCUACCCCUAACCCCACCUCAACCCCAACCCUAACCAUAACCCCUAACCCCACCCCUAACCAUAAGCCCUCCCCCUAACCCUACUCCUAACCCAACCCUAUCCUAACCCCAUAACCCAACCCUAACUGUAGCCCCAAUCUUCCUCUGCCCCUAACCCUACCCUUGAACCUAACCCUACCCCUACCUACCUAGUAGGGGUAGGGUUAGAUUCCUGUCAUCAUUCCCUUAAUUUUCCCUCCCCCUCCUCUUCUGCCACUUUUCAGAAAUCCGAAGCACUUUGGUACUUCUGAAACUCAGCACUUCGGAAAUUCGGUUUGGUUCGGCACUUCCAAAAUUCAGCACUUCGGCAAUUCGGUUCGGCACUUCCGAAAUUCGGAAGCAUCCGAAUUGCCGAAAUUCGUCCGAAUUUAAAUUCAGACCGAAACGAAUUGCACAUGUCUACAAGGAAGUUUCUCCAUGGGACAUGAUGAGAGAUACACAGGUGGACGUAUAGCUACCCACUUGUUCAUUUUCAUACCACCUCUCAAGGUGUCAGUAAAUAGGGACUUCAACUACAUUAUACCCAUUUACCUAUUGCCCAAUCCACAUUUAAUAGGCAUACAGGAAGGAGCUCAGGGAUUCCUCAUAGUUAUCAGAGGCAAUGGACUAUUGUUUCACCAGGUGCACAUUAAAGGAGCACUAUAGUCAACAUAUAAAAGCAAGAAAGACAGGUUCCCUAGCCUUCUUUCUUGCUUUUAUAUGAACUUACCAUUAAUAAAAAGUAAAUUCGAGCCCUUUUUAUCAUAUAAACUUACCUCCAUUGCAGCGCCGAGCUCCUCGACAGGCCGCGCCACCUUUUUCGUCAAAAUGACGAUGUAGCAGGGCUCAAUUACUCACUCUCAAUCUCACACUCAAUCUCUCACUCACUCACACUCAAUCUCUCACUCACUCACAAUCACUCUCUUACACUCACUCUCAAUCUCUCACUCACUCACAAUCUCUCACUCACUCACACUCAGUCACUCACUCACACUCACUCUCUCAUAAACUCACUCUCUCACACAAUCAUUCUCUCACAGAAUCACUCUCUCACACAUUCACAAUCACUCUUUCUCUCACUCACACUCACUCACUCUCUCACACAAUCACUCUCUUAAACAAUCUCUCUCACUUACUCUUAAUAUCAAACUCUCACUCACUUACCCACACUCACGCACUCACCCACACCCACCCACACUCACUCACACUCACUCAAUCUCUCACUCACAAACUCAAACACAAUUUCUCACUCACACUCAAUCUCUCACUAACUCCCACACACUCACUUACUCACCCACACUCAGUCACCCACACUCACUUACUCAUUCACACUCACUCAGUCACUGCCACUGGAGGUGUUCAUAGCUUCCAAUGUAAACACUGUAUUUUCUCAGAAAAUACAGUGUUUACAUGAGAGAGGCUGCAGGGAGCUAUAGUUCUCACCUGAACACCCUCAUUAAGCUGAAGUUGCUCAGGUGACUAUAGUGUCCCUUUAGGUGAGAGAUAGGAAGAAGGCUGUAUGUAUGGCAGAAAAAAAGAGAAGUCAAACACUAUCCAGGUUAGUCAUUGGAGUGAGAAUUCAAAAUGAAUUUCACAUUUAAGGCCAGAGUAGCCAAACUCAAAGCAUAGCGACAGGUCUCUCCGUCUUUAGCUUUUAUUCCUCAUCUCUCAACAUUCUAUUUCCCCCAGCAGUCUGUAUGGUAACGGUUUCUUUGCUCAUUUUGUCUCAUUCUCUCCAGUGUCUAUUUUUUUAUCAGUGUUUUCUGACUGGUUUUCUGCUUUUUUGUUCUGGUUUUUUUUUAUGUCUGGAUGGGUUAAGUUCACUAAACAGUAUAUUGUAGAGAGAGUUGAAAAAUAAAUUGAAAAAACUAGGUCAAAAGAGAAGAGCACAAAAGGCCUCCACCUCAGCUGAGCUGGAUAAUUGUUCUAACUCAGCUUUUUGGCCUACGGAAAUAUGUUUCUAAGACACUUUUCAUAUCAUAAUUUAGUGAAAAAAAACUCCCAAGAGUCAGUUUCUUUCUUUAUCUCUUUCUUACUUUCCUCUUGCAUAUAAAUACGUACAUGCAUUAUCAGACACAAACAGUGCAUUACACGUACAUCUACACAUGCAUGGAGCCUUACAUACACAAAGGCACAUAUAAACACACACUGUUUGAAACAUAUAUUAGUUUCAUAUAGAUACACAUGAAGAUCAUAAAUCCGAAUAUCCAUGCAUGCUCUUUACAUGCAUCCACACGAAUACAAUGCCUUAUAUAUACAUUAACAUACACAACAACCUUUUCUGCUUAUACUAAAAAGUAAUAAUACUCUUUUUACUUUAUUAAAGAAAUUCAAGAUACAGCCCACAGCAGACAUUGUUAAAAUGCUAGCCUAAAACAACUGGAAAGAUGUUUAAUGACAGUAAAGCAUGCCUUGUAAAUAAAAAAACAAAACAAAAAAAAAACUACUGAGAAUUUUUAUUGAAAAACAAGUAUAGUUAGCUAUAUGGUUGUAUAAAAGUCUCACGAUUAACAGUUACACUUUAAAUGUAUGUUACGAAAGCAUACAUGCAGUGUCAUACAGACUAAAGAGAAACAAUGAAGAUUUGGAAACAAAAUUUCAAAAUGCCAUGUUUGCCCCAUCCAACUAUAGGUUCAAACCCAGGGCAUGUGGGACAAGCUGCACUGCCUACAGAUUAUUAACACAAUGGGAGGCGUAUCUCCUGAUGCUGAAUUUGACCUUGAUGAGUUCAACAAAAAAGAGUCAUGCCAGAAAUUGAUCAGCAGCAUUACAUCUUAUGUGACCCAGGUGAGUUCUAUAUUUUUCCAUCACUAAUUCACACGGGACUGUCCUAUUCUGAUAUGACGAUUAAACCUAUUUCCUGGUGAUUCCAGUACUGUUGAAGCUUUCUGUUCAUGGUUUAUUGUUACUGUAUCCUGUCCGCAUUCCAAAGCACACAAUGAAAAACUGUUGUUAAGCUUCCUGUUGGCUGGUCCCAAAUUCUUUUUCACUUAUUCAGUUUCAUUAAGCACUUAAUUUAAAUACUUGUUGUGGGAGGUUGGGUAACAUUGCACUGAAAUGCCUGCCAAAAGGAGGCAUCACACCAGUGUUUUUAACCCCAAAGAACCAAAGUUAUUUUGAGAUGUAACAUAUCUGUGACCAAGGCCUUUUUGGCACUUUUGUAAUGUGUUUAUUCUACCACAGUUUCUGCCUUUCUGUUCAAGUGCACCCAAAAUAUACAUAAUUUAUUAAAUAAUACGUAGGGCUUUUGUUUUAUACCCUAAAUGGACACAUAACACAAUAUCAAAUCUGAAUUAAAUGUAUUAAAAAUGAAAAAAACUAAAACUAGUUUUUUUCUUUGUUUAACAAUUCAUAAUUUCUACACAACAAGUGCUAAAGAAAACUAACUCAAAAUAGAUUCACUAACCUGUCCUGAUUGUUAAAAUGUCUUGUAUGUCUAGAACUCCAAUAUUGUUUUUUAAUUUAGAAAACAAAUGUUGCGAGGCGUGAAUUACGGUUUUAAAGCUAAAAUUUGGCAUGCUACUAUUACAACUUUUAUAGUAGUCACAGAAUCUAAAAACGCUAUGCAAAAGUAUAUAUUUGUAGAACGUUAAUUCCCCAGGCUAUUUUACAACCCGGGCUGGAUGGAGAGGAAAGGGUUAAAUCUUACCUAUUUUCCAGCGCUGGGCAGGGAGCUCUCCUCCUCCUCUCCCCUCUCUUCUCCUCCUCUUCGGCUGAAUGUGCAUGCGCGGCAGGAGCUGCGCGCGCAUUCAGCCAGUCUAUAGGAAAGCAUUCACAAUGCUUUCCUAUGGACGCUGGCAUCUUCUCACUGUGAAAAUCACAGUGAGAAGCACGCAAGUGCCUCUAGCGGCUGUCAAGAGACAGCCACUGGAGGCUGGAUUAACCCUAUUAUAAACAUAGCAGUUUCAGAGAAAAGUUUAUUAAAAAAAGGGUUAACCCUAGCUGGACCUGGCACCCAGACCACUUCAUUAAGCUGAAGUGGUCUGGGUGCCUAUAGUGGUCCUUUAAGUCUCUAUUACACAUGGGAAUGCAAUGCUGCUACAGUAACUGAUAUAUGUGGCUACUUCGGGCCUGAAGAUCAUGAUAUGCCUGCUUUAACUACUGUGGGCCCACUGAAACAGUAUAGGGGCCUAGUACUUGGUCCCAAACCAGAGGGAACCAUGACAUCUAGUCUAUAUCUUCUUUUUCAUAUGUUGUUUUUUUGCUCAACUUCUACAUAUAACCAUUUAAAUCCAGCCAAAACAUGUAUCAUUACUUCAACUUAUUUUCUCCUCACAAAAAUAAUGAAUGCAAUAGAGAAGAUUUGCACCUUCAGCAGUUCUGCUACUUUCUACCUAUCUCUCUGAGUGGACCAGCAGUUGGAAGGUCCUUUUUUGUCCAAACUUCCAGUUUAAAAGAAGAAAGAGUAAACACGAGACAAAUGGCUUGCCAUUCACUUUAAAGGUUGCUAGAAACCAAGGGCUGUCUGUACUUAGUGCCGUGUGGCCCCGGCAAAUCCUAUUGCUGAAAGUAAAUAAAAAUAGAGAAACCAGGUUAGGAACAUUCUGUUGUUAAAGUGCUAUCUUCUUUUCUACAGGUGGCAGGAAGUGUUAUCCAAAGGGAAAAGGAGCUUGGUAAGUGUGGUGAUCUUUUCAUUGUAGUUGUAGUUGUAAGUAGACUAAUUAAGUAACAUGGAUUUUUCUACUGCAAAUUAAAGGGGCACUCCAGGUUGGAACUGAAAAUAUGCAAAAAAAAAAAAAAAAUCAAUCCAAAAUAAAAGAUCAAAAAAUGUGCUUGAGACGCUAUUAAAGUUCUCAAAUGUUGUGCUAAUUCCCACGCAGUACAUUAAUAGCCUUGUGCUUUGCCUCUGUCAGGAGAUUAUUUGGCCAAUCACAAACUUCUCAUUCUAUUCUGGAGAAUUUGAACUGUUAAAUAUAUGUAACCCAGUGCUUCAAGUGCAAAAUGGUAACUGGCUGUUUAACCCCUUAAGGACACAUAACAUGUGUGACAUGUCAUGAUUACCUUUUAUUCCAGAAGUUUGGUCCUUAAGGGGUUAAAGGACCACUAUAGUGCCAGGAAAACAUACUCGGGCUCUGGGGAGAGGAAGGGGUUAAAAUAUUACCUUUCUCCAGCGCCGGGCGGGGAGCUCUCCGCCUCCUCUCCUCCUCUUCGGCUGAAUGCGCAUGCGCGGCAGGAGCUAUGCGCGCAUUCAGCCAGUCUCAUAGGAAAGCAUUCAUAAUGCUUUCCUAUGGACGCUUGCGUCUUCUCACUGUGAUUUUCACAGUGAGAAGCACUGGAGGCUGGAUUAACCUAUUUAUAAACAUAGUUUAUAAAAAAAAUGGGUUAACCCUAGCUGGACCAGGCACCCAGACCACUUCAUUAAGCUGAAGUGGUCUGGGUGCCUAGAGUGGUCCUUUAAACUCUUUUCAGAGAGUAUAAAUGCCAAAUACCCUAGCCUAAAUAAGAGAUAACACACUCUCAAACUGCCUGUUUAUCUUCACAUUGUGCAGGGAAAAUAUAUUUAUUAGGAGAUUUCAAAGCUCUCUGUGCUCAGCCUCAGUUCUGCUCAUAGCAGGGGUUUCUGGGCAUUUAGUUUUAUUAUAAGCUUUCUGCCAGCUGAAUUACACUUCCCAGACACCUUUGCUGUGCUUCCUGAUGACCUGUACAAUGGUGAUAUUGGACACUGCAGGGUAGGUGAAGGGCAGCAAGUGAGCUGUUAAAAUUAGUGCAUAUUACAGGAGCCAGUUAAAAGGAAGUAUUUUAGAAUGUGGGGGAGGGGGAAUGAGAAAAGGAAGAAUUAAGAUGAAGAAUAACAAACAUAUCUUUAUGCUUAAAGAUAUAAUACACAAAAUUAAACAUGCAAAUCAGAGCUAAAUAUUUUGGUCAAAUUAAAAAAAACUAAUUGAAGGCCAAGCUUGUUAAACAGUUGUCAAUUAUCAGUUUGUUUUUUGUUUUUUUGUUUUGCUUUCCCGAAGGUAAAAUGGUAAUCCGGGUGGACCUCUUGCUGGGCCAGGAGCUCCUGUGCUCACUGUGCCUAGAGGGAUAUUGCUUAUACCUCAUUGAUGAGGCCUAACAUGGCUGAAACGAUCAUCUGGGGUUGCCGCAUCUCUCAUGCAGAGGGAGCUGGCCUGUAUUUUGGACUUGUAUUGUCCUUUUGAGUGGGAUCAGUCUAAUAUAUAAAUAGUUUACACUCUCUCUGUAAUGGUACAAGAUGAACUAAAACAAAAAAAUAAUAUUAUUCGCUUACAUUGGGAAGACGGCAGGGGCUUCUGUGCUCUCUCUGUGUUACUCCCAAGCCGGCUUCUCUCUACUGUGGGCACUGUAAGACCACCCUCUGUGACUAUUAGCCAAUUUGUCCUCUGAAUAGAGAGGCCAAUAGCAUGCUUUCACACUUUGGCAAUUCACUGUGAGGCUCUUGAAAUUCCUCUUAAAGGACACUGGGCAUGAGCAAAACCUGCUGAAAAAGGGCAUAUUUAACAUUUGUCCCAUUUUGACAUGCCUAGUUGUACUCAAAAAGCUUCUCCAAACAGCCUACAUUGAGGGAUAGGGACCCUGAAUACUUAAAUACUUUGUAUUGUAAUUUGACACACACAUAGGCAGUGGUUGGAGUAUGUUAAUCAACAUUUUCCCCAGUUAUUUUAGCUCCUGCCCCCCACCCCCAGAAAAAGAUUCUUCAUGUUUCUAAACUAUUACAAAUAACAUUAUUCCCACAUCAAAGUGCCCCUAUGCCUCUACAGCUCUUUAACAUAUGUCCCUGAAAUACUGUCAUUACAUUCUGUACAUAAUGAUUAAGGCACAGCUCUGCAUUUGCACUGCUAUAGCUUGUGAUACUGCUUUACAGUUCUAUAAUUAGAGGGUUCAGAAUAAACUCUUGGUAAAAUUAGAAGCAAGGCAUUUAUUGUUUGGUAUUUAAACACUGUUGGGGAGCUCACAUCCAUUUCUGAAGUCUGGUCUAUUUAUAUUUAUUAUGGUUUCCUGUAUUUGUAGAUGUCAGAAGGAGGAACAACACUUAUCCCACUGAUAUAAUACCAUCCAGAGGAAACAACCCCAAAUCAUCAGCUCACCUUAUGCUCCAAACCAGCUCCCGUCUAGGUCAGUCUGUCUCUUGAAAACUGACAGAUAAUUAAGAAGUAUAUUUUUUGCCUAAAGUAUUUGAUUGCUUAAUAAUCUCUUGGAAUAGAUGACUAAUUUUUGGAAUUAUCUCUCUUGCAUGAGCAGCGGACUGACAAGGUUAUUCACUAAAGUGAGAACUGAAAUUCAAAUUUAAUUUUUUUUUUCCAACUCAACGAUGUUAUCAAAUGGGCUACAUUUCCUAAAAGAUUUUAAUUCACUUUGAAUUCUCACAUUAGUAAAUAACCCUGUGAGGAUGUCCGGUCUCACAGGUGUAAAGAUGAUUUGAAAAGUUGACCUUUUUUUUAAUCAUAAAGGAGCGUUUAAAAUUUAUUUGGUUGGUUUUGUUUUUUUUGUAGUGCGAGAAAUAUCUGGUGAUGAAAAAUUGGCUUCCACAUCCUGUCGCUUCCCAAUACAAACAUGGGAUGAUAGCAAUUCAUUAUCCCAUAUACAAGGAAUUAGUUAUAAGAAUGGUCGCCUAAAAAUUCUUCAAGAUGGGAAAUACUAUAUUUAUUCCCAAAUUUAUUUUCGAUUUCCUCAGGAGACAUCUGGCACGUCUCCAGCAGACAGCCAUCACCAGAUGGUACAGUGUAUCCAUAAGAAAACAUCAUAUAUCAAACCCAUCUUGCUUCUUAAAGGGGUUGGCACCAAGUGUUGGGAACCAAACGCAUUGUAUGGACUGCAUUCCAUCCACCAUGGCGGCCUAUUUGAUUUGAAAUCUGGUGAUGAGUUAUUUGUCUCAGUCUCCUCAUUGGAGUUGGUCUAUGCAGAAGGUGCUUCAUCAUUUUUUGGAGCUUUCAAAUUAGAUCUGUGAGACUCGCAAAAGUUCAACAUCUGAAAUUCUGGAUUGUGUAAUAAACAAAAUACGUUUUUAUGCACUGAUGUUUCUUGGAACAAGUCAAAAAAACAUGGACUGCUGCUGGUAUGUCUGCGUAAUGAAGGAUCAUGCAUUCUGCACUAGUGAAAACUCUACCUGUGAUUUCAUGAAAAUAAAGAAGGGACAAUUUUUAAAACUUUAUUUUUUUCAAGGGAAAAAAACACUGCAAUCCUACCAUUAUUUAUCAUAGAAAAAUGGAAGAUUUGCUGUUUUGUCCUAGUCAUUUGAUUUUGAUGAACUCUUAAAAUUUUUUCUUAGAGACGGCAUGUAGAUGAAUAGGCUUGAUCGAUCAUCUGGAGUUGCUGUAUCUUUCAUCCAGAGGGUCCGGCCUGCAUUUUGAUUUCGUACAAACUUUUUUGGUGGGAUCAGUCUGAUAUGCAAAUGACUACAGGUUCUCCCUGUAAUGGCACAAAAUGAGCUAAAAAACACUGUAGUGUU